UAAGCCCGCAGCUUCGGCUCUAUCCCCGGCGGUUCCCGCAAUUUCUCCCCUCGGCAGCGGUCUCCGCGACUGAGCCCUCGCAGCUCCUCCUCCCUUGGAUGGUCACAUGGAUGCGAAGUCCCAGCCCAGGCCCGGCGCUGAAGCGCUGCCGCCACGGCUGGUGCGUUUGAUUUGUGUGGUUUGAGAAGUCCACCAAGGCGGACUUGGGGCUGCUGCUGAGGAGGCGUCUCGAAAGCUCCGGGCGAAGCGACGAAGACCAGCCGGUGGUGAACAAAUAGAGAUCUUCAACAGCCAGAUUUUCUCCAGCUCAUCAGCAAAAUCCAGUCACUCAGGCUGUGUGUAUGAAAAGGAAUUCCCAGUCACCAGGAUUGAUCUCACGUGCAGUUUUGAAGAUGACACCCAAUCAUGAAGAACAGGAAUUUGUAACAGUCUUGGUACGAGACCCCAGGAUUCAAAAGGAAGACAGUUGGCAUUCAUAUAUAGACUAUGAGAUCUUCAUUCAUACAAAUAGCAUGUGUUUUACAAGAAAGACCUCUUGUGUCCGGCGGCGUUUUAGAGAAUUUGUGUGGCUUCGUCAAAGACUCCAAAGUAAUGCUGUGCUGAUACAAUUGCCAGAACUGCCAUCCAAAACUCCAUUUUUUAGCAUAAAUAACCCCCAGCACGUUGACCAUCGUCGGCAGGGCUUGCAAGACUUCCUCCAACAGAUCCUCCAGAAUCCAGUUCUGCUUUCAGACAGUAGACUUCACCUCUUUGUACAAACCCAACUGAGUCCAGAAGAGAUUGAGGCGUGUGUAUCUGGACAUACUAAAUAUUCUGUGGCUGAUGCAAUCCAGGAGUUUGCCUCUUUGAAACGCCGUUUCCCUAUAGAACAUAAAGAGAAGAAAAAAGAAGAAAAUUUUGCGGAUUCAGAUUCUGAGAGUUCAUCCUCAGGGCUUGGACACAGCAGUGAUGAUAACAUUUCACACGGAUGUAAAGCAAGCACAGUUCCUGAAGAACCCUGAAAUAUCAUUGUAUAUUGCUAUCUCUAAAAUGACAGAUAAUACCUUCCAUUGUGGCUGAAAGUUACAUGUUACACUUCCGUCCAGUUGUCAAAGCUUUGUCUUUUCUCUGUUCGUCAGUUCAUUUAUUCAUUUUACAUUUGUAUGCAGUUAGAGCCCCUCCAGUACUGAAUCAUACAAAUAUUGUCUGUACUUAAGUAAAUGGGAUUCUUUUACAUGAUUUCUGUGGAACUGUACUAGAUGGGGGUGGGAGCAGAAAUAAAACUACUGGCCACUAUCCUGGGGUGUCUUAAUUUCUGGAAACUCACAAAAUCAUCUGAAUUUUUAAAUGACAGUUCAGCUGUCUUUCCAGUCUGUUGUGAUCCACAUAAAUAUAUUGUAGAAACAAAAUAAACCUUUAAGUCAGUACCUUCACAAAGAAGUAAGUGAUGGGUUGAGUUUACUCUUCCAAUUCACUAGUUAAAACAUUUAAACUUUUGUUCCUAACAUUGAAUCAAGUGUUACAGCCAUAAUUAGUAGCCACAAUCCAGUGCAGAGUGAGGCAUGCUUAAGGCCAUUUAAUAACAUUAGGUUUACACACCACCCAGUCCUGUACUAAACAGGGGUCACUGUAUGGUGUCUGUCUUUUUGUUCAGGUGGGCAGCCGUGUUGGUCUGAAGCAGCAGAACAAAGUUUGAGUCCAGUGGGGCACC